AUGGCACCAACCCCAGAAGACAUUCCUUCUCCCUCUUCAUUGCCAUCGACACCUAAAACCCCGUCGCCAGCUUCUCAGCCUCCACUACAAGUUCCACCGAAACCUCCUCCGAAGUCCAAUGAUUUCGCGUCCAAAACAGACAUCCCCACGCAGGCGGAGCAAAGGAGGACUGACUGGGCGAUCACAAAGCGGUUAAUGAUGAAUGUAUGGCCGAAGAACGACUGGAAGACGCGUUUGACAGUGCUUUUCGGUUUCUGUCUGCUGGUUACAGCCAAGGUUCUCAACGUCCAAGUACCUCAAAUCUUCAAAUCCGUCAUCGAUUCUCUGAACGUGGAUAUCACGGCUACCUCAACCGCGUGGCUAUUGGCCGGAACAAUGAUCAUUGGAUACGGAGCUGCACGUAUUGGUGCCACCCUCUCCGGCGAGCUGCUCAACGCGGUCUUUGCAAACAUUGGCCAACGCGCUAUCCGCAAAGUCGCUAGAGAGACGUUCGAGCACCUUCUCAACCUGGAUUUGAAAUUCCAUCUGGCCAGACAGACUGGUGGCCUGACAAGAGCCAUCGAUAGAGGUACAAAAGGUAUCAGCUUCCUCAUGCAAGCUAUUCUCUUCCGGAUCGCCCCCACUGCACUGGAGAUCACGAUGGUCUGCGGUAUAUUGACGUACAAAUUUGGAUGGGACUUCGCCGCUAUCACUGUGCUGACGAUGGUUGCUUACACAUGGUUUACGGUUCGGACAACGUCAUGGCGAACGAGGUUCAGACGCGAGGCGAACAAAGCAGAUAACAAGGCCGCAACGGUCGCUGUGGAUUCGUUGAUCAACUUCGAGGCGGUCAAGCAUUUUAACAACGAGAAGUACGAGAUUGCGCAAUACGACAAACAUCUUGCCGCGUACGAGAAGUCCUCGGUGAAGAUCACAACCUCGCUUGCAUUCCUGAACUCCGGACAGAACGUCAUCUUUUCGAGUGCCCUGACGAUGGCGAUGUUCUUGGCCGCGCAAGGCGUUGUCAAUGGAACGAUGACGGUUGGCGACGUGGUCAUGGUCAACCAGUUGAUCUUCCAGCUUUCUCUACCGUUGAAUUUCCUGGGCACAAUCUAUCGCGAGAUGAGGCAGAAUCUACUGGAUAUGGAGGUCCUGUAUAAACUCGUCGAGGAGAACACUCCUGCAAAGGAUGUAGCUGGAGCCCAACCUCUGGCACUAAAGGGUGGCAACAUCCGCUUCGAGAACGUUGCCUUCGCGUACCACCCUGACCGCCCCAUCUUCCGCAAUCUCUCUUUCACAGUACCCGCCGGCAAGAAGGUGGCUAUUGUCGGGCCCUCAGGUUGCGGCAAGUCAACUGUCUUCCGCCUGCUCUACCGGUUCUACGACUCCUCUUCCGGUCGGAUAUUCAUCGACGACCAGGACAUUACCCAAGUACAGCAAGAGUCCCUCCGCCGCGCCAUUGGUGUCGUGCCACAGGAUACACCCCUCUUCCAUGCGGAUAUUAUGCAUAAUAUCCGCUAUGGACGGCUAGAUGCUACAGACCAGGAGGUGGUAGAAGCGGCACGCAAGGCGAAUGUGCACGAUACAAUCGCGAAGCUGCCAGAGGGGUACAAGACUCAGGUCGGGGAGCGCGGGCUGAUGAUUAGUGGCGGGGAGAAGCAGCGGUUGGCGGUUGCGCGGGUUAUGCUGAAGGAUCCGGAGAUUUUGUUCUUUGACGAGGCAACCUCGGCGCUGGACGCUCAUACGGAGUCAGAGCUCAUGAAGAACAUCAACAACUCCUUGCUGGACAAAGCUCGUACGAGCAUAUUCAUUGCUCAUAGGCUGCGGACAGUCAUUGAGUCAGACCUAAUUAUCGUGCUGAAAGAGGGAGAAGUGGUGGAGCAGGGAACGCACGAAGAACUGAUGAGGGAAAGAGGGCUCUAUUGUAGCAUGUGGCAACAACAGGCAUCGUUAGAAGGGUUGGAGGAGGAUGAAGCUGAGUAA